GCCCCCGUCGUUUCAACACCACCACUGACAACGGCAAAGCCGUUCCGUCAGAUGGGCGACUUUUCGCAUCUCGCUCAUCACUUAAACUCUGUUAGCCGUGGACGGGUACCCAGUCCCCUGAAAGACAUCCUUCAUUAUAUGACAGUCGACGGCAUGAUCAGUUUAGCAGGAGGUCUUCCUCAUCCUGAUUUCUUCCCGUUCAAAUCACUCGAAGUGCAAGCCUACAAAAGUGAUACUCGAGUGGAGCCCGGAGCGCCAGAACCAGAAACGAUCCCGCUUACUAUACGCGAUAGAGCGGAGUCCCCACUCCUUACAACCGUUCUUCAAUAUGGUGUUGCCUUGGGAAACUCCUCCCUUCGUUCCAUCCUCCACUCUUUCACCUCCUCCUUCUAUCAGCCAGGAUACCCAGAAUUCGAGAUCAUUCUCAACUCCGGAAACACCGAUGGUUGGGCGAAGGUUGUUGACCUGCUUCUUGAACCUGGCGACUUCGUGCUCGUCGAAGAGCAUACUUAUCCCACAGCGCAGUCAUUGUGGCGUCCCAUGGGAUGCAGAGGCGUGCCGGUGAAGAUGGACGGGGAAGGAAUGAUUCCUAGCUCGUUGGAGAGCAUCUUGGAUGAAUGGGAUGAGGAAGGAAGGAGGGGUAGGAAGCCAAAAGUGAUGUAUAUUGUACCUGUCGGACAGAACCCGACCGGCACAACCAUGCCAGCGUCGAGAAAACGCGAGAUUUAUCAGAUCUGCAGGAAACACGAUGUAAUCAUCUGCGAAGACGAUCCUUACUAUUUCCUUCAAAUGCCUGUGUAUCGCUCGCCUUCCGAACGCGAAGAAUCCGACGCCACCGACGCCAGUCUGUCCCCAAGUUUCUUGAAGUUCGAUGAGGACGGCCGUGUGAUACGUCUGGAGAGCUUCAGCAAGACGAUAGCGCCGGGGAGCAGACUGGGCUAUUUCGUGUGCAACCCACUCUUCGCCGAACGGUUGGUCCGUGCGACCGAAGUCGUCUCUCAAACCCCGAGUGGAUGGAGCCAGGCUAUAAUUCUAGAGCUUCUUCGUACUUGGGGCACGGAGGGAUAUCUUCAAUGGCUCUCUAACCUUCGCUCUAGUUAUACCGUGCGUCGCAAUUGGAUGUGCGACGCUCUUGGAGAGUACUUGGAUCUCGAACCAUCGUCUAGCGGUGUAGAAACCUAUGGAUACCUAAAAUCGCACAGCACAUCGUCUGAGCGGACACCGAUCCUCAGUUUCGUGCCUCCGACGUCCGGGAUGUUUGUUUAUGUGAAAGUUUUCCUGGAUCAAAAUCCGGCAUACCAUGCCAUUCUCGCGGAUACCACAUCCGCGAAGACUCCUGAAGAAGAAUGGGUCACGAAGACGUGGAAAGAGCUUGCUGACGCGAAAGUUCUCGUCACGCCCGGGACCUACUACGUCCCCUUUGAGGACCAAGAUGUCCCACCUACGGCUGGUGAGAAGGGCGUAGGGUAUUUCAGGCUGGCGUUCAGCUAUGUCGAUAAACCUGAAAUGACAGAAGGCAUUCGGAGAUUGGCUGACGCAUUCGAGAAGAUGUGGCCCUGAUUUGUGGCAAGAGGAUCUCGUACGCUGACUGUGAAGAAGAUCUACUGUAUAUAGCACAUGCACAAAACGG